GGGAGAGACUGAGAUUCUCCUGCAUGCACGCGCUCCCCGAAACUUCUGCUUGUGUUCUUGUGUUCUCGGAAGCUUUUGCUGAUGGAGCGGAGGAAUGCCAAAUCUUACCCUUUCAGAAAGCCUUCUGCUCAACACCACUUUCACUUGGGGAAAUCUUUUGGAUCACGCAAACUUUUCGCUUCUCUUUGAAGGAGAGUAACUUUUAAGGAAAGAACGGGAGGGAUAGGAUUUGUUAACGCACUCUCUGGAUGAUGGAUAUGCUGGAGAUAUCUGCGCAUCUGUAAACUCCAAACUUUCAACAGUUAUUUUUUUUUGCUCUUGUUAAGUGGUGCAGAGGACGUCAAAAAACGGACGGGGUUUUGAAUGGGAAGUUUUUACAAAGAAGCCAAGAGAAUAAGUUUGUGAAGUUGGAGAGACUACUUUUAAUCUGUUCCUUCCCCGGCUACCCUCACGCUCCCUUUUAAGACAUUUGUGAUAUACGCACGGAACUUGGUCAUCCAAACUACCUGCGGAUUUAUCAAGUACUUUUUUUCAUUGGGUAGAUAUUGUGAAUUUCUGUCUGUUCGUUUCUUCCCAAGCUUGCUCUCUCGUUGCGGAUAUGUUGGCGUCUGCGCGGGGGAGGUGGACCGUACUGAGGUGCUGGGGAAGCCUGCUGCUGCUCUGCGGAUUGCUGUGCAGUGUGGCGGUGGAUGGGUGCCCCCAUAAAUGCAGUUGUUCUGGAUCUCAUGUGGAUUGCCAAGGUCAAAGCUUCCGCACCGUGCCGCGGGGAAUCCCCAGAAACGCCGAGCGCGUGGACCUGGACAGGAACAACAUCACCCGCAUCACCAAGGUGGACUUCUCUGGCCUGAAGAACCUGCGUGUUCUGCACCUGGAGAAUAAUCAGAUCAGUGUGGUGGAGAGAGGAGCAUUUCAGGACCUCAAACAGCUGGAGAGACUUCGCCUGAACCGGAACAAACUGCAGGUUCUCCCCGAGCUGCUCUUCCAGUCGACACCCAAACUGGGCCGCCUAGACCUGAGUGAGAACCAGAUCCAGGCUGUCCCCCGUAAGGCAUUCCGUGGGAUCACAGCUGUUAAAAACCUGCAACUGGACAGCAACCACAUCAGCUGCAUCGAAGAUGGAGCCUUCCGAGCACUGCGCGAUCUGGAGAUCCUCACGCUCAACAACAACAACAUCACCCUCAUCCCCCUGUCCAGCUUCAACCACAUGCCCAAGCUUCGGACGCUUCGUCUCCACUCUAAUAACCUGCACUGUGACUGCCACCUGUCCUGGCUCUCUGAUUGGUUGCGUCAGAGGCGAGGCCUGGCCCCCUUUACCCAAUGCAUGGCUCCCGCCCACAUGAGGGGCCUCAACGUGCCCGACGUCCAGAAGAGAGAGUUUGUCUGCACAGGUCCAGUGCAGACGGAGCCUCGUAUGUGUGUGCCCCAGGCUGCUGUGUGUCCAGCCUCCUGCACCUGCAAUAAUAACAUCGUGGACUGCAGGAGGAAGGGGCUGACUGAGAUCCCAGCCAACCUGCCAGAGGGCAUCAUGGAGAUUCGUUUGGAGCAGAAUCUGAUUAAGAGCAUUCCUGCGGGUGCUUUUUCCCCCUACAAGAAGCUGAAGAGAAUAGACCUGAGCAAGAACCAGAUUUCUGACAUCGCUGAGGAUGCCUUCACUGGACUACGUUCCCUCACUUCGCUGGUGCUGUAUGGAAACAAAAUAGCUGAAAUCCCCAAAGGACUGUUUGAUGGUUUGGUGUCACUACAGCUCCUGCUGCUGAAUGCCAAUAAGAUCCAGUGUUUGCGGGUGAACACCUUUAAGGACCUGCAGAGCCUCAACCUGCUCUCACUCUACGACAACAAGCUGCAGACCAUCAGCAAAGGACUCUUCACACCACUGCGCUCCAUCAAAACACUUCACUUGGCCCAGAACCCGUUCAUGUGCGACUGCCACCUGAAGUGGCUGGCCGACUACCUGUUUGAGAACCCCAUCGAGACCAGCGGGGCCCGCUGCAGUCACCCGCGCCGCCUGGCCAACAAACGCAUCAGCCAGGUCAAGGGCAAAAAGUUCCGCUGCACAGGCACCGAGGACUACCGCAGCCGCCUUAGCGGGGAGUGCUUCCAGGACCUGGUGUGUCCAGAGAAGUGCCGCUGUGAGGGGACCGUGGUGGACUGUUCCAACCUCAAACUCACCAAGAUACCGCCACACCUGCCAGAGCACACCACAGACCUGCGAUUGAAUGAUAAUGAAAUCUCAGUGCUGGAGGCCAGUGGGUCCUUUAAGAAGCUGCCCAACCUGAAGAAGAUUAACCUUAGCAACAAUAAGCUGCGAGACAUCCGUGAGGGGGCGUUUGAUGGAGCCAGUGGCGUGAUGGAACUUCUUCUGACUGGGAACAAAUUGCAGGGAAUCAACGGACGAAUGCUCAAAGGCCUGACUGGACUCAAAACACUGAUGCUGAGGAGCAACCAGAUUACAUGUGUGGACAACGGCACAUUCACUGGCCUGAGCUCAGUGCGUCUGCUCUCUCUAUACGACAACCGCAUCUCGACCAUCGCCCCUGGGGCCUUCAGCACCCUGCACUCCCUCUCCACCAUUAACCUGCUGUCCAACCCCUUUGUGUGUGACUGCCACCUGGCGUGGCUGGGUCAGUGGCUGAAGAAGACUCGGGUGGUGAGUGGGAACCCGCGCUGCCAGAAGCCGGCCUUCCUCAAGGAGAUCCCCAUACAGGACGUCGCCACGCCGGACUUCACCUGCGAUGGUACAGAGGAGAAUGGCUGUCUUCCUGUUCCUCGUUGCCCAGAGUCCUGCACAUGCUCAGACACAGUGGUGCGAUGCAGUAACCGCGGGUUACACACGCUGCCCAAGGGCAUCCCCAAGGACACCACCGAACUGUACCUGGAAGGGAAUCUGCUGACGUCAGUGCCCAAAGAGCUGGCCAGCCUGAAGCAGCUCACCCUGGUGGACCUGAGCAACAACAGCAUUGGCUCUCUGGCCCCGAUGACCUUCAGCAACAUGACUCAGCUAGCCACCCUAAUCCUUAGCUACAACCAGAUUCGCUGCAUUCCGCUACAUUCCUUUGAUGGUCUACGUUCACUGCGCCUGCUAACUCUCCACGGCAACGACCUCUCCACCAUUCCAGAAGGAGCUUUCAACCAUCUAACUUCCCUCUCACAUCUGGCUCUGGGGGCCAACCCUCUGUACUGUGACUGUGAGCUGCGCUGGCUCUCACAGUGGGUGAAGGCCGGUUUUAAGGAGCCCGGCAUCGCCCGAUGCACUGGACCCCCCGACAUGGCCGACCGCCUGCUGCUCACUACACCACUUAACCGCUUCCAGUGCAAAGGCCCUGUUGACCUGAACCUGAUGUCGAAGUGCGCCCCAUGCCUGGCCUCGCCCUGCCAGAAUAACGCCACGUGUGUCAGCGACGCCAACGGCUCCUACCACUGCACCUGCCCCUUCGGCUUCAAGGGUCGUAACUGUGAGAUCCCUCUGAAUGCGUGUCUCAGUUUGCCCUGCAGUAAUGGAGGCACCUGCCACCUCGCCCCUGGACAAGAGGGACACUUUAGCUGUGUGUGUGUCCCUGGUUAUGAGGGUCCUCAGUGUGACGUAAACCCUGAUGACUGCGAGGACAACGACUGCGAGAACAACUCCACCUGUGUCGACGGCAUCAACAACUACACCUGCCUCUGUCCAUUCAAUUACAGAGGUAUGGCCUCCCUCUCUCUCCCUCUCUCUCUCUCUCUGCCCCCCUUUCUCUCCCUCUCUCUCUCUCUAUGUCCCUGUAGUGUGGAGUCGGUGAAUGACGGUAUCUUCCACACGGUGGAGCUGCUGAUCCAGAAUCAGACUCUGAGUCUGGUGGUGGACCAGGGCCCCCCCAAAAGCCUGGGCAAGCUCCCACGCCAGCCCUCAGUGGACCAUAACACAAAGCUCUUCGUCGGAGGCGUCCCUGCUCUGAUUGGUGCUUCCGGAUUGCGUCCAGGCCCCGACAGGCCGUCCCAGUCCUUCAACGGCUGUGUGCACAAUGUGCGGAUAAACGGGGAACUGCAGGACCUGGGGGGAGCCCCGCGGGGGACGGAGGGGGUGCUGCCGGGCUGCCACUCCUGCAGCGUGUGUGCCCAGGGCACCUGCAGGCAGACAGGUGAGACGGGCAUCACCUGCGAGUGCCCGCCAGGCCGGACGGGACCGCUCUGUGACCAGGUUGCCUCCCCCAGCCCCUGCCAGAACAACAGGUGUGUGCAUGGUCUGUGUGUGCCCCGAGGCUCGUCGUAUAGCUGCCAGUGUGCCGAGGGCUUCACUGGCCAGUACUGCCAGCAGCAUCAGGAGCCUCCCUCUUGUAGGGGGCACCAGUGCGGGCAGGGCGAGUGCAGAGUGGGCGAGAGUGGUGAGCCCACAUGCCACUGCCCAGCUGGCUACACUGGCACCAACUGCCAAACAGAGAUGCGUUGCCAGGGCGAACUGGUGCGUGAGCAGAUGAAGCGUCAGCAGGGGGGGCGUGUGUGCACCUCCACCAGUAAGGUGGCGCGGGUGGAGUGCCCCCCCGCCUGCCACAGCGGCCUCUGCUGCACCCCCACCAAGAGCCGCCGCAGGAAGGUCACCUUCAAGUGCCCCGACGGGACCUCCUUCGCCGAGGAGCUCGACACGCCAGUGGAGUGCGGCUGCACAAAGUGCCAGCUGUAACAAACGACCUCCCCACCCCCCUACCCCCCGAUGACCCUUGACCCCUGUGACCCCUGAACCCCAAACCCACCUCGUUGUGUGGAAAUGAAAAGGGACCUGCCAGUGAGCAACAAGCGAUAAACAACAGCAAAAAAGAAAAUAUAUUGUAAGAUAAUUAAAAAAAACAAAAUAAAUAGAACUUAUUUUUAUUAUGGGAUUUUUUAAAAGAACGAAAACAGAGACUGAGUUUCAUUUUUAUAUAUAUGAUAUAUAUAUAUAUAUAUAUAUAUAUUAUACAUUGAGUGUACGUGUGAAAUGAGAAGUUAUUUUGUACGGACCUGAACAACAAAUGGAAAUCCAUAAGAUGAAAAGAAGUUAUAUGAAUAUAUAUAAAAACAAACAGACCAUCCAUACAUUGACAGAAACAGAUUCAGCUUCCUGGAAAUAUAUGAAUUUCUAUAUGUGUACAAAUCUAUAUAAAUGCAUAGUCUUAACCAUAAGGAAUAAUUUUGAGUAGUGUAUUGCAUGUCUUGUAUGAGUCACGUUGAGAGGGAGAGUGAUGGGAGAUUUUAAUGUGAGGAGAAUGGACCGUGCCAAACAUGGCUGCCUCCAACACAAGGGAGAAAGCUGGAGCUCUUACGACAAAGACACACAGACACGCUCAUAUUCUCAUACACGUUCAUACUCGCACACACACACACACACACACACACACACACACAUAUAAAUAUAUACCCACUCACUAUACACACAUAAGCACACACACUCACACCCACUUACUCUAUCUCUCUCUCUCUGACACACACACACACACACACACACAGCGAGCCACCACCCUCCAUAGUGCUACACUGCCUCCUGCUCCUAUCUGGACUUAAGAUAGCGCCCCCUGCUGCUCGUUGAGUUGAACUGUUGAACCCUCGCGAGAUUUGGAAGCCGCCUGUUAGAGGUGAUUUGUGACUUUUUUUGCUCCAAUGAUUGGUUUGUGUGCUUCACGCCAUCACCAAUCAGAUGGAGGACUGGAGGAGUGGCCUACAGGCAGCCAACCAAUCACACGCUUUCCUCUGAUAACACACACACUGGUGUUGCUCCGCCCAUCCGCUUCCACAUGCUUGAUGUUGCCCCUCCCCCUCUGGUGUUGCCCUGCAUCUCUGUUGCUCCUGCAUGAUAGCAUGUGAACGUUGCCAAGGCAAAAUGUGAACUGUAAAGUGUGGAUGAGAGACAUUACCCAGAGCGCACUGCUUCAUGUGACCACAGCGCCAACAGGAAGUCAUGGCAAUACUCACACAAAGUGAUGUGCAACUCCAUGAAGUCACCAUGCUAAGUAGCCACUGUGCUGACGGAUGGAAAGGACUUCACACUGACGUAGUACUCCAUCAUAACCACCCCUCUACUACUACUAACACUAUUAAACACCAGUAUUCUAAGCCCAUUACUACUGUAUUGUUUACUUUAUAACCAGCUUUAAUAUCUGAUGUGAGUUUUUUACAGGAAACAGAAUUAUGUCACUUCCUGCCCCAUAAUUGGUAUAGUAUUUUGUUUGUUUUUUUUAAAGUAAAAGUCCCAGUGUGUUCUCAGUUUUAGUCUUGCUGUAAAUGAAACUGAGGUCUGCAGGUGUGUGUAGAGAUCUGUACUUGGAGUGAAUGGAUCAUCACUGAUUGAACCCAGUUAUGGAGACGCUAAUAUGAGUGCCACAGAUAACGAUGAUUUUAAGUAUUGUGAUAAUAAUGAUUCCCAGGAAAUCCAGAACUAAUGAGUGCUGAAUGUUGAAUUAAAAGUCCCCCUGAAACCCCCA